AUGAAGGUCAAAACGACAGCGUCGGUUUUAGUCACGAUUUGGGCGGGAGCCUCUGCUCAAGACUACAACUCUGCACCUCCAAAUCUCGCGGACCUUCCUGCAUUAUCUUUGUUUGAGACUUGGAGACCACAUACUCAUGUUCUUCCACCCUACGGCCAGAUCGGCGACCCAUGUGCGCACUACAAUGAUCCCGAAACAGGGCUCUUCCACGUCGGGUUCCUCCACAAUGGUACUGGUAUUUCUAGUGUUCUGACGGCCGAUCUUGUUCAUUAUUACGAUGUUAAUCCUAACGGCAACUACUCAAUCGUUGCUGGCGGUCCCAAUGACCCCCUUGCCGUUUUUGACGGCUCUGUCAUCCCUAGUGGCGUUGACGGCAAACCGACACUUUUGUACACGUCGGUAUCCUCAUUGCCAAUCCAUUGGACGCUUCCUUACACCAGAGGAAGUGAAUCACAAUCACUGGCAGUCACCUACGACGGGGGGAAAAAUUUCACCAAAUUGGAAAUUCCGCCUGUUAUCCCUGAGCCCCCAGCAGGCCUGGAUGUAACGGCCUUCCGCGACCCCUACGUUUUCCAAAAUGGGGAACUCGAUCAAUCCCUUGGCAAUGCCGUAGGUACUUGGUAUACUAUCAUUUCAGGCGGUAUUCAUGACGUCGGACCUGGCAUGUUCCUCUACCAGAACACGAGUCCCGACUUUGAGCAGUGGGAGUAUCUUGGAGAAUGGUUCCAUGAAUCCGCCAACUCGACAUGGGGGAAUGGUGACUGGUCUAGGACCUUCGGGUUCAAUUGGGAGACUAGCAACAUCUUCGGCCUCACCAGAGAUGGAUACAGCUACAACGGUGAACCUUUCAUGACCAUUGCGGUGGAGAGUUCCUAUGCUCCCAUUCAGGAGUCAGUCUCCUCGCAACAUGCCCAAAUCUGGGCAGCAGGAGCAAUUGCCAACACCAAUGGUGAAAACGUGACAUUCACACCUGAUAUGGUUGGUGUCUUUGACUGGGGCUUAGCAUCCUAUGCGGCAGCGGGAAAAGUCCUACCUCGGUCUUCCCAAGCUUCUAAAGCCAGCGGCGCCCCAGAUCGUUUCAUCAGCUAUGUCUGGUUGACUGGAGAUGUUUUUGGAGGAAUUGUCGGCUUCCCAGCUGAGCAGCAAGGAUGGCAAAAUACCUUGUUGACAUCGCGCGAGUUGUACAUCAAGGCCAUCCCUAACGUGGUGAAUAACGAUCUCGUGAAGGAGACUGGCUCAUGGCGUGUGGCUGCCAACUCGAACUCGACGGGCGAAUGCGUUGAACUCGAAACACUGGGAAUUGACAUUGCGCGGGAGACCUACGCCGCUAUGACUGCUGCCCCCAGCUUCACCGAGCCUGACCGGACGACUACCAGUGAAGGUGUCAUUCCAUUCAGUCGCUCUCCAGAUAGUAGAUUCUUUAUUCUUGAGGCUGAGAUCAACUUCGAUGAACGUGCAUCUAGCCUGCAAGCGGGCUUCCAAAUUCUGGCAUCCGAGUUUGAGUCAACCACCAUCUAUUAUCAGUUCUCCAAUGAGUCCAUCAUGAUUGAUCGUUCUCGAACGAGUGCCGCUGGCAGCACGACGACCGGUAUCGAUGCGUCACCGGAAUCUGGACGUAUUCGUCUGUUUGACAUUAAUGACACCUGUGGCAUUCAUGGCAACCACGACAACCACGACAACCACGACAAUUGUCCUUGUGACGAGAACGAUGACAAUGGCGAUGACAAGACUGAGGAGUUUAUAGAUGAUUUAAUCUCCAAUUAUGUGUGGGGGAGCGAUGACCACACUUCUACAUCCAAUGAAGCUGGCAAUGAGCACAUUGAGACUCUCAGCCUGACCAUUGUGGUUGAUAACUCUGUCCUGGAGGUUUAUGCCAACUCUCGCUUUGUGUUGUCUACCUGGGUCCGCCCUUGGUAUGAAAACUCGACUGAGAUUCGCUUCUUCCAGAAUGGGGAAGGCGAAGCAUCUUACAGCCACAUUCGCGUUGCUGAUGGGCUGUACGAUGCUUACCCGGACAGACCACAGUAA